CAAGGCCUCGAGCUGCCCGCCACCUCGGAGCUGCUCAGCCUGCUCCCCGGCCAGAGUGAGCGCCGCGGGGUGAACGGCAGUCAACCCGGAGCGCGUCCUCUUGAGUGUGCGCGCGCGUGCGCGCGCGCGCACGCCGGCCUUCUUAUUUCCGUCGCGCGAAGAAAUGAGGCUCCUCCGCACCGGCGAGGCGUUUCAGACCCACGGCAUGUACUCGCUCUCCGCCGCCUCCUCCGACUCGAUUGAGAUUGACUGCGACGGCGGCCGCGGCCUCGCAGGGCACGUCUGGGGCGCGGGCGCCGCGCUGGCCGCCCUGCUCCUCUCGCCCGAAGGCCGACGCCGCUUCCUCGCCGACCGCCCUGACGUCGUGGAGCUCGGAUCGGGCACGGGCGUCGCCGGCCUUGCCGCGGCAGCCGCUGGCGCUUCGUCAGUCCUCCUGACCGACCUCCCGCCGGCGGUGCCCGCGCUCGCCGCCACCGCCGCGCGCAACGCGCACGUGCUCGAGGGCUGCCACGUCGCGGCGGCGCCGCUGGCGUGGGCGGACGCCUCCGAGGUGGCGCACGCCCUCGCCCCGUCGGGGUGCGACUUGAUUCUCGCGGCGGACGUGCUGUACUCGCCCGACGCGGCGGAGCAGGAGGCGCUGCGCGGUGCGAUGCUCGCGCUGGCGGCGCCGCGCGGCGCGCUGGUGCUGCACGCGUACGAGGAGCGGUGGGACUACGUGCACGAGCCGUGGCGGCGCUCGCUGGCCGGCAGCGGGCUGCGGCUGCAGAGCGAGGAGGAGCUGCAGGUGCCGACGACCGGCGCCGACGGAGCGCCGACGCUGUUCAGCGCGCCGUCCGAGCUCGGAUCGGUUGAGCGGCGGAGGCUCGUGCUGGAGCUCCUGCGCGUGGACGACGGCGAGGAGGCGCCGGGUGGGUGAGUGUAUACAUGUGGUUGUGCAGAAGAUCUCGAGCAAGAACUUAUUUCAUCUUGUUUUGGCGAGUAUGGUGUAUGCUCCGGUCGUGUCACGAUUUUCGGUCACCGAAAGGAAGGGGGGAAAAGACGUGAAGAAGAAUGCAACUU